AUGGACUUCGAGCGGGGAGAGAGCCCCGGAGACUCCCGAGGCAGCGUGGCUUUUCUGCACCACACGGAGAAACUGGAGAGGUUGCCUGGCACAGGAGAGACGACGAUUCGAGGGAUGAGCUUCACGCCCCCCUACAUCUGCAUGGAGAGGCCGCCUCGCGCCAACUGCGAGGCCUUGCGACUGAAGUCUCCGCCCGAAAACAGGGCUUUUUCUUCUCGUUCCGAGAGUCCCUCGCCGACUCCCUUCGCCAGAGAGUGCGCCAGCCUUGGCCUCGUGUGGGGAGACGAAGGGACUCGCGCAGGGUUGCUGCGCACCCGACUGUUCACGCCUCCAGACCACACACCCCAUUUGCUCGCCGAGACCGGCGCAUCGUGUCUGGAGGAUCUUUUUCCAGGAACUGUUCCCCAGCUUCUCUCGCACUUGCCUUCGCCUCCUCCUGUGCCUGGCGUCGCCCGCGCCUCGCGCAGCUCGUCUCCACUUGCCGGUGGGUCUUCCCUGGCCUGUGCGUCACCGUGGCCGCGGUCCGCCACUCCGUUCUUCGCUGCGAACAUGCCUGCGCUACUCCCGGGGCGCGGUCCGAUGCGCGUCACCAAGUGGCUAGACGGCCAAGUUUCCGACCCCCAGAGUGACUCUUGCUUGCGCGGAGGAGCGAGCCGGGUGGAGCGCGCGGCCGCGCUUCUCUGUGGGAGGUCAGAGGAGGAGCAAGAACGAGAGCGGAGUGUGGACGAGAGGCGUCUGAGAAAGGCGAUAGGAGUGACGGACGAAGACGAGUCAGAAAGAGAGCGAGAAACAGAGGGAGGCGUACACGAGAGACUCUCCCGAUGUGCAGCGGCGACAGCCGCAGACAGGGCAAACAACUUGCUGGGGCUUGGAGUGGAGAGAGGCCCUGAAGUAGCCGGAGGGCGGCUAGGAGGGUACUGGACCACGGAGAGCGAAGUGUACCCGCAGAGAAUUGGGGAACUGGAAGGAGAAGGUCUGGGCAGUCCGGACCCAGUUGCUGCAUCUGCGCUCGUGACCGCGGUCCAGGACAGCCGCGAAAAUCUCAACUGCUUGACAGGCGUUUUGACAACUCUGCGCCUGUCGUCGAGAGACUCUGAAGGCGACUUCGAUCUGCCGCUCUUCGUCCAGUCCCGGAAGUGGCGCGCUAAGUACAACCGGAGGUCGCUUGAUCUCAAGGGAACGGUGGCAAGGAGCAAAGCGCUGGGGUAUCCUGCCGGCCUACAAAUCCCUGAAACGUAUCGCGACCUAAAGAAUUGCAUGCAGCGGCCCCCGAGCAUCGAUGCUGCAGACAGCCGCGCAUGGCGCUCAGCAGAGGCGCCCCGGGCCGCCAAAAAAGUCUUUUCAGAAGGGCGGCGAGCGACGGAUCGAGACGAACAGGUCGCGUUCGUGGAGGAUGAGGUCACGGAGCAGCUCCUUUUCAACGCGAACGCCGCAGUCGAAGGAACCACGCUUUACAACAAUCUUUUGUGUAAAUAUGGGCUAGAAACGCGUUGUUUUUCAACUUCUUCGGCCCCAGGUAAUACAGCGUUUGAGUCGAGACUUGCAAGAAGCGACGCCGACCCUACGGCCUCUUCACAGUCGGCUUCCGCUCUCUCGCAUGCUGCUGUCUCGCCUUCUCUCGCUUCGGCUCUGCCGGUCUCUUCACUUCUGUUGGAAGACGCGGCGGAUGCUGUUGGAGACAGGAGUGAACUCGAGACUGGAAGCCAAGCGGAGGCGGCGAUCCCGACUUCUGAGGCGAGCUGCAUGCGGAGAGAGAAGCAUGUCGGAGAGGAGUCUCGAGCCGACAAGGGCGCUUUCCUGAGGAGCGCAAGCGAUAGCACUCAUGCAGAGGAAGACGGUCUCUCAGGUGGAAAGGACGCCAGCAGCCGGGAAGGCGGAUCCGAAGAAAGGGAAGAGGCGGCCCACGAGGCCGCCGACAGCCUCUGGUCGCUUGUUCUCAAUCGGAACAUUGCGGCGCUUCCAGGGUUCAUGACAGUUGGCCGAUACGAGUGCGAUUUGCUUCCGAAACGCUCUGCGUUUUCCAGGAAACAGCUGGCGGGCCUGGUCGCGGGCUCCAGACCUCUCCCCGUUCUUCCUUCUUCUUCCGACACUCCCGGAUCAGCCUCAACAGAGCUUCUGGCGGAACGAGUUGCAUGCGCUUUGACGCUGGACGAAGGCGAGGCUUGGAACCCCUCAGACGCCUCGGACCUCGACGACUUCCUCGAGAGCUCCUGCGCGCCCAACGCCCUCCGGCGGGGAAGACAGGCCGUCGUCCCGGUUCGAGGGGCGCGAAGGAGACGCGGCGCAGACCUCGGGCUCUCGCCGCCGCCUUCCUCCCCUGCCGUUCGUUGUCGGUCGCUGGUUCGCUGGUCUCAACAGCGUCCUUUCUUCUCGAAUGUGUCUGCCUGUGCUGGCGCCGCAGACUCACGCAGAGAAGAAUGGAAGGACGCCGGCAAGGUGGCCAAGCCGGGGUCAGAGAGUGCGUUGACCUCGCGAGAUCUGCAUGCGUCGACAGGCCUCGUAAAUGCCGCUCUGGACAGCUCGGAACAGAAGAGCGGAGAGAGGGAGAGUUCUCUCUCCCCGCAGGAGCGAAUCCUAACACAGGUGAAGAAGGAAUUGGAAGACGAGCGAGUGCGAGAGAAGCAAACGAUUCGCGACAAAGACUCAGAGAAGGGACAAGGGGGGGAGAGCAACCACCACAUGCCAGGGACUGCGAAUGGACAACGCACUCCGAAUGAGGGCGAGGCACCUAUGGAGACGGAGGAAGCUCCGACCCUGGAGCCUUCAAACGGCAUGCAUCGAGAUGGACAGGACGCCGGGGCUCGCAUGCACUCGAGCAGCACAAGAGCCCUUGAGGGUGCUGUCGAAGACGAGCCGAAAGUGACACUCCCUGACAAAGACGAACCCCAUGCAAGUGCCUUAUGCGGGGAAAGGGAAAAGCAGCGCCAGUCUUUUUUCUCUUCGGUUUCGUCUAGGGAAGACGCCCAAGACGAAGAUUCGCGGUGGUGUGUCGCUGGUGGGAUGUACAACGGCUGGAAGGGGACGUAUGACGUCUGGAUUUACCGUCGUGUGUCAGCAGCUCUCCGCGAAGGCAAGGGAGAAGAAGAAAAGCGGCGAGAAGGCGAGAAGAGAAAGACAGGGAAAGGGAAGCAGAGCGUCCACACGGCGUCUCUCGGCGCUGGCGGAGCCCAGGGGCUUUCACCUGGCGAAACACAGGCUUCGGGUCUGGCUCCAGGAUCGACCCCUCUGGGGUCUGCGGGCACUCUGUCUGCGGGGCGCAACGGUGAAGAGACACGCGAAUCGACGGGAAGCCCGGCAGGCGCCUUCGCCUCCUCUUCUUCGUUAGCUGCCAAAGGGCAAAACGGACAUGCUUCGGUCGAGGACCUGAAGACGCAGAAGGAGGAGUCUUUGGGUUGCGUGCUCAGCGCCUCUGCUUUGCCUCUGAACCCUCACAGUGGGGAGACAAGAGAAGACAGUGCAGGGAGGGACGAGGAGAAGGGCGAAGAGAGGGAGAGAGACGAGAAUGAGCCCCCUCUUUAUGAGUGGCGCGUGAAGCGUUUUUCUGCUCUCAUUCACGGCCAUGAGAAGGCUUCGCGACUCGCAUGCAAGUACUGCGUCUACCUGGAAAGGUUUGGGCGAAUUCGAGGGCGGCUGUCUAUCUGCAGCACUUGUUGCCGGGACGCGUGCUCCGGCUGCAUGCCUUCGAAGAAGAGAGCUGCGGGCGCGGACUUCUCGCCCCACUGCAGAAACGGCCGGGACGCGGGCGUUGGCGGGGCCGGUAGGGCCCCAAAGCGCCGCGUGCAGGCCAAGAAGGGUGCGGCAGGGGCUGCCGGUGUCUGCGGCGACAGGGCCAGGAAGGGCAAGGGCGAGGACGAGCCCGAGAGAGACGGACUGGACCGACGAGAAGAGGGAGGCACUCCGUCCUCAAAACAGACAGCUGAGCGGCGUGGCGCGGCGAAGAAGGAAGGCCGAGAAGAAGACGACCGCGUCGAUGGGAAAGGCACCUCCUUGUCUUUGGAGAACAACAGUUUCGAAAGCUCCUGCCCCGCUAUGCGGUCGUCUUUGCGCGCGUCGUUUGAGGUGAAAGGCCCUCUGUCUCCGUCAUCGGCGGACGACAGACCGAACGAAGGAGCCGCGGGCCGCGGCGCGCCUCCUGGCUCCGAAGGGCCUUCGCGAGACCUCGCCCUUCGGUCGCACUCCUUCAGCUCGGCUUCCAGUUCUCGGAAAAGUGCGAAGAACGCUGCAGAGUCUCUGCGACGCAUAGCCGGACCUCUGUUCAGGAGCUCUGGAGACCUCACGGCCUCUCAGCUGGGCGCUGAGACUGAGGAAUCCGACGUUUUGCAGGACGUCUUCGAGCUCUACUCAGAAGCAGGCGAGGCGUGGGAAACCUGCACGACGCCUGUCUCCUUUAGCCCUUCUCUCAGUGUCGCGUCGAGGGACACUCUAGUCGUCUUGGGGGGGAGCCAGACAACUGCGGUGGCCCGGCUCGACUCCGGCAAGAUGAGCGAAGCUGUCCGGAGAAGCUCGAACGCCCUCAGCGCAGCAGCCUCGUCAUUCCCGAAGGGCAAAGGUUUCGGAGGCGCUAGCAAAAAGACAGACAGCGUCACGCUGUCCUUCCUCGCGCGCGUAUGCCGGAACCUGAGGAUGUUUCUUCUCCUUUGUCAGCACAACACUGUCGCUGGGGGCCUCCCUGGCGACUCCAAGUGUGUCUGUCGCGCCCAGAGCGGGCCUGGAGGCGCUGGCCUCGCGGGCGCAGACGGUCGCGCUCCGGGAGACUUAGGAGACAGCAAGGGGACAGCGAUUGCGAGGGGUCCAGGCGGCGCGGCAGGUCGAGCACACGGGUCGGAGCCAUGGGCGAGUCCGAAUUACACGGGCGGGCCUUUCUUUCCGCCUGCGGGUUCAGCGCCAUCGGGAUGGCCGCCUGUGGCGCAGGCCAAUUCAAGACCUGAAGUCCUCUCGGCGAUUCAGGGAGCGCAGGGGCAGGGCCCACAUGUUGCACAUUCGCUUCGUCUUGCCGCCUCACUGUCUCCAGCGCAGACCACUAGUGAAAGUUUCCUCGCCCCAGAGUCGUUUGCGGCUGGCGUCCGCCCGCUCCUUGAAGGCUCGCUGUCCGUUUUGAUCCCUGAGGAGCCCCAGGUGGGCCUGGGGCCGUCUGCAGGCCAGCAGCUCGCGUCAUCGUCGCUCUCGCCAGGUGUCUCUGUGAAGGCGGAGCCUUCGAGCUAUUUUCAGAGUGCUCAAGGGACAUGUCGAGACGUAUCUGCGGGGGCUAGAACAGCGAUGCCCUCUAGUUUUCUAGAACAAGGCCGCCCAGGGGCGGCUCCGGGUCACGCGCCCUCGGGUGUCGGACGCUGUCCCCCCCAGGGCCGAGACGCUUCGCCGGGGUGCCCAGGGUUUCGCACUCCUCCAGCUGGAUUUGACGGGCCGAGUUCGAGCGGCGCAGGGUACUCUCUCUCUCCCUAUGGUUACCCUGGCACAGAAAUCUCGCCCCAUCUGGCUCCGUUUUUCCCGGAGCCUUACCGCCGCUUCCGUGAGUCCCGAGGAGGCCCAGCUUGGAUCCACUCGCCGGGUUCUGUCGACGUACCGUCUUCCGGACUUCAGAGCCCGUUCACCGGCUUCCACGCCACCUCAGGAAGUUCCCCGCCUCGCUUGGGACCGUCGGAGGGGGCGUCGUUUGCUGAGGCCUCGCCGCGGGCUCUUGCGGGAGAUUUGGGCCCUGCCGGCUUUUUGGGCGCGAGCGCCGGGGCGCCCGCCGCGGAAGGCCGAGGCCCGUUAUUUGACCCAAGUGCGGAAGGAGAGGGCAAGUUUGCGCCUGACGCGGGAGCCUUGGGGACCGUGGAGGGACCGGCGGACUGCAGGACCCAGGGCGAGACGGGCCGAACUGCGGACGAGGACGAGAAGAAGAAGGCGAAGAAGGCGAAGAAGCACGGGCGAAUCACGGACAUCGAAGAGCGACUCGCGCGGGAAGAGCCGUACGAUGUCGUGGAGGAAGGAGACGAUCCUGAGCCGACGAGACAGCUGGGGCUCGAAGCGACGGAGAAAGAACAGGACGUUCCGAGGAGUGGAGACUCGAAAAGCCCCGAUCAAGACUCGCCGGGGCAACCUGCAGAUAUCAUGCACGGCUAUUUCAAAGCGAGGGUUCGAAAUAGACGCGUCAAAGAUGGACUGCUCCUACGCAUGACGGCAGUUCUCGUGGGAAAAGGUUUCUAUGACCUCGAGACGGUUGAGCCAGGCGCACCACGGCGUCGCGGGGGUUGGGGAGAAUCCGGCGAAGAAGAAGAAGAGUCGGAGACGAAGUACCUUUUCUCCAAUCCCGCAUCGCAGAAACCCUGCGAUUUCAUCCUCUACUUCGAUACACGCGAAAAUCGGGACGCAUCAGUGGCAAUUUUGAACCAGGCACUGCCUGCCCCGCCGCCUCGGCUUCCUCCGAAGAAUGGAGAAUCUCAGGCCCGUCGCACCCUUCGCCAGCUCUAUGAUCACUUUCUGGAGCCCAAGUGUCAAUGUUUAGAGGACAAAACCUUGAAGGUAAAACAUGGUGUAAUCAACCUUCUGGGGUUCCCUCGCUUGUACGUGAAGCUUCACUGCAGUAUGUCUUGGGAUGAACGCCUUUCUCUUUUUUCGUCCUUCCUCCACUGGCUCUGCCGCGAAGACGACUCGCAGCCUCCACCUUGGUCGUCGCCGGAGCUGCAUCCUGAGUUGUUGGCGUAUUUGGUGGAUUUGGGCCGGAAAGGUUUUGCGAGCGGCGGGGCGGCAACGACGGCCGUUGUGAAUGCGCCAGAUCUUCCCCUGGACGACUCUGCUUUGUCGAAAAAGAACGCUGCACUUAUCCGGGCCUACAUGCAACAAGACACAGGAGCAUCUGGGCCUUCCGGCUCCGUAGGCGCGACAUCAAGUGACCCUGAGGCGCCUCGGAAGGACGACGAAGCCGAAGAAGGCGAGAAGGAUGACUCAAACGCGGCGCUGGUUGAAGGCCCGGCCCCAGAGACGAGCGGAGACAGCACGGGAGCGGCACAGCCCUGUGGGAAAGGCAGAGAAGAAAGGGAGGCGGGAGACAAGCGAGGUCCAGGAAACGAAGGCUGUGGAAAGGGCGACGGCUUCGGAUCGCCUGUCGCUGUCGCUGGGACCACAGCGGCUCCAGGGGAGACAGAAAGUGUCUCUUGCCCGAGCUCAACGUCUGGAGGCGGCGCAUCGUCGGCUCUGUCGAGCGGCCCUUCCGACUCCGCCGCGGCUCCAGAUGGCUGUGAAUCUUCGCCAGUGGCCUUGGAGUCUGCGUCGCUUCUCUCAUUCUCGCCUUCCGCUGCGCGUGCUGAGGUCCUGACUGUGCCUGGAGUCGGCCUCGUGAACUUCUCAUUGCCCGACGGCGUCAAGUUUGACAAGAGCAAGCUCGCGUUCCGCUGUUACUGGCGCGAAGGCCACGCAGGCGUCGUGACCGUCGGCGCGGGCGCCGCCGUCUCGCCGUCGUCUGGCGCGGGGACCUUCGUUCCCUCGCGUCCGACCGUCUGCACGGCGCAGAACAAGAGCCGCACUUUCAGCUGCCGCAAGUACGGCCUGUAUCAGUCACGGGUCCUGGCCCUCCAGGCCCGGCUUCUCUCUGAGUUGCUGUGGCCUCAGCCCCCGUCGCCGGCCCGUCUCAGAGUCUCGGCCAUGGCCGCAGUCGUUUACGGUCUCAUUGCGGCUCCAAUGCCCUUCACAGACCCCUGGCAAGCCGUCUGCGGGGUGUCUGUCGCCGAGGACGCGCUGAGACAGCGCCGGGAGGUCUGGAAGAACCUUCUGGACCCCCGCCAGCGACGACCUGCCCCUGCUCCCAUCUCGCAACUGUCUCUGCCGCCGGUCUCAGGGCCUCCGCAUGCGUCUAGUGCGACACAGGAGCUACCGAACCGCCCUGGAACUCCUUGGCCAGGACAGGAGACAGUGUGUGGGGCAAGGGGCCCUGCACCAGGUUUGGCCUCUGCGUGGGCAACAUAUGGGAACCCCGGAGACAGAGACGCCGCUGAGCCACAAAGCACCUACGUAGGCCGCGGCCCCGCGGGUGCAGAAGGCCCUGGAGGGGGAAUUGCCGUGCAUCGCGAGUGGGCGCGAAACAGCGGCUCAGAGGCGGCACAGCCCUGCCAGUUCGGCCGCGCCGUGGAGCGGCCUGUGCCAGGUCCCCAGAGUUCCCUGGGGCCCGGAGGAGACAAUCGCGGAGACCAUAUGGCCUACGACCAGUCUCCCGCCGGACCCGCCAGCAAUGCUCCAGGGCCAACGCCACCAUUUGUGGGGCCUUUCUCGCCCGGACUGGUCCUCCGCCACGGGCCGCCAGCGUUCUCUCAAGACCCAUCGCUGCAUCGGCCCCCUUUCGCGGCUGGGACCGGACCAGCGGGCCAGAGACUCGCGUCGGAUUCACCCUACCCCUUGAAGAACGAGGCGUCGCCCCAGCUCGCGAUGGCACACGCGCCCGGCUUUGAGAACAGCGACGGUUUUCAGGGGGAGCAGCCUCUGGCUAAACAGCGAAAGAUUGAGGGUGCCAGUGAUCGUCCAGUCCCCGACGAAGGACAGGUUUUAGGAACCAUCUCACACGGCAAGAGCCCCGCUGCAAGACCCGUGGACGGCGACUUCGCGCCGGACGGCAGAUCGCCUCUCUUCUCUCAAGACGCGAGUGGUGUCGGGGGGGGCAGACCCUCGGGGGUAGGAGGGCAGCUUGCAGCGGGAGGCAAAGGCCAUUUUGCGACCGCGCCAUUCGGCUCCGGAACUCUCCCCACCACAAGAGGGCCGAGCCAACCGGGGGGCGAUGGAUUGUCCCACCGUUCUGGAACCGAACCUGCAGCGGCGUACUCGAGUCCCGCGGGCGCCGCGUACCCGUCGGCUUCUAACGCGUCUCCGAUUUAUGGUGCUGCCCCGAAGAGAGAAGGUGACUCUCCUUUUGGCCCUGCUCCUCCUUCCGGGUACUGCCGCCCGGGUUCGCCCGCUGUGGAUCCCAAACUUCCUGGCUCUGUACCUUCCUCUGGGAAUUUAGACAGUGUAAAUUACGGAUCAUUCUUUCCGGGCCAACAGGCCCCUCAGGGAGAUGGGAGGAUUGCCCCAUGGGGCAGCGGCCAUGUGGGGGCCCCUCGGGGUGAGGCGCGCGGGUCCGAAAGGGUGGGCCACGCCGGGGCCUCCAGGGGCCUCACAGGACACGAACUCGAGGAAGGCCAAGGGGGCCCCGGCGAGGAAGGCGCAGGCAGAGAGCGCCAAAGAAAACGGAGAAAAAGCGCAAUGUCGAUGUCUUCGCAAGGAGAAAACACUCCGCUGUUUGCGCCGACGUCUCUGCCUCCAGUGCCAUUCGCAAGCGGAGACAGUUUAGCAGACGGCUCAGGGAGCGAUUUUGGGCAACAGUUGGGCCCGCCAUUUUCACAUGGAUCACAUGCGCCACCGUUUCCGGAAGCGAACGCUGUGGGGUCUCAGCAUUUCACAGCAGAUAAUCUGGAGACGCCGGGACUCCCGGCAGAGUUGGGGGGAGGGGAUGGUCGGCGUCAGUCUGGAAGCACCCACGAGGAGGUUUCGGGGCCUCGCGCGGGAGGCGAGAAAGGCGAGUUUUCUCUCGAAGGCGCGCCACAAGCAGCGGCGCAGCAGCUCUCGGCAGAGACGCUGACUUUCCUGCUGGGGACGAACGUGGUAUGGGAAGAGAACGAGAAACGCUGGCGCGUGCAGGUUCGGCCUCCUUCGCCUCGCGGGUGUGACGGAGAGGGAGCAGAUGGCAAACUGGGGGGCGAAAAGAAAAAGCGGAAGCGGGACGGUUUCUCUGCGGGAGGAGAGAGACGGCGGUCGUCGACCGGGAACGAGCCCGACGAUCAGCACAAGGCAGGCACCCUAGAGUGGGUGUCGAUGGCCCAGCUGCACCAAGCGCAGAAGCUGCAGAACCAGCUCGUGGGGAAGAUGGAAAGGGGAAAGGGCGAAGGGGGCGAUGAAGAGAGACUCGGAGGGGACGGCCGCGGGAACAUUUUCUUCGACGCCAACGGCUCAGACGAAAAUGCAAAGAAGGCUGCACUUCUCAAAGCCAGAAGGUGGCUGAGACGCCGAAUCGUUCAGGGCCAAAUCCUCGUUACGGGCCUCUCGCGAGACGGCCUCUUCUCCAGCCGGCCUGACGAGCCCGAGAGGAGCAGUUCUGUCUCGACGGGCGCCUUUACUGGGAGCUCUCCGAACGACAAACCCACAGAUCUCAACGCUGCUGUCCCUCCUCUGUCCCCGUUUUUCUCUCCGAUCCCUUUCGGUGCGACGACAGCUCCUCACAGGCCGUCUCCGGGCUUUUACCCGCCGGCACCUGCUCACCCCACGGAGGACGGGUGCAGGCCCCCGAUGCCGGCGCCUGUGCCCAUGCAUGCGCCCCAGGGACCCGUAGACUCUCGGACCUACCGGGGUGCUCGUCCUGUCUAUCCUGGAUCCGAUGUGACCCCACAAACCUGCCACGGAGUCCGACCGGAAAGCAUGCAAGAAGAAGGGCGAGCGGCGCUGUUAGCAGAGCAAGGGUCCGCGUUCUUCGUAUCUGGCGACGGAAAAGGAGACAACCGCGGGGCGACAGUAGGCCAGAUACGGCAAGGGACAGUACGCGUUAUGCAGUCCCAAACUGCGUCUCAAUCUCUGGAUCAGGGCUUCGACCUCCCCCACCCUCCAGCCCCUGGGCCUGCGUACCGGGGUGUCCCAGUGGGCCACGGCCCCUCGGGGCCGUACUACCUGAAUGGGGGGUGUGUCGCCCAGAGGCCUUAUGCGACCUUCUCGAAUCUUGCUGGUCCUGUCCAGGGUUCUUUUCCUCCUCUAGAGUUCUCCAAUGGUGGGCUGCCUACCACAGCUUUGGGCCGCCGAGGCAGUGACUCGGGGCCUCAAGGAGCGGGCCGGAACGCUUCUCAAAUGCAGCCCGGCUUCGCCUCAAGACCCCACGGGCCCGAACGGCUGGGACGGGAGAGCGCGCCGCAGUCUGGUGCGCCUCCGGGGUUCUCCCCACACGCUCACGGACGAGGCGAGAGAGACAGGCCUUCUUUUUCGGGGGCAACGACAAUGCCGCUUGCAAGCCUCACCGCGUUUUCGCACCCUGCGGCUGGCCCCAUGUUUGUGGGGACGGAAGGGCGAGGACAGCAAGGAGACAUCCACCCGAAUCUCUGCGGGGUGGCCCCUGUCGGAGGCCCGCGGGGCCCUGCACAUGCUCCGAUGCCAGCCUAUGGCCCUGGUGGGGCUGCGGGACCUCCCAGAGACGACCGAAGAGCAGAGGGUGGUGCUCCAGGCGUUUCCCACUCUGACAUCUUUUUGGCCAACGACAGAAGACUGCAUCCUGAGAUGUGUCUGCAUUCGGCGCCGUCCUGGGGGCCCGCCGGAACUUUCGCUUCUCCGGAUAACAGGCAAAAUGCAGAGCCAUGGCCUGCCGCACAUGCCUCAUCAAACAAUUUUUUCGAUUACACGGGCGUCAACAUGCCUGCCGCUGGCCCCCCCAUUCAGCUGGACUGGAGUAAAGUGAGAGGCGCGGGGGGAUAGCCGGACGAAGAAAGAUUUCAGAGAAAACAGGUGGCACGAGUGCGAAAUGCGGUUUUUUUCCAAUAUUGUGUCAGAAGAACGGCUGUCCAUAGGAAAAGGAGAAAACAGAUACUGAAGGGAGAAAAAAUAGAGGCGAGUUAGACCAAGGAGAAAGACACGAAGACACGGACUCGUAUGCCGACCAGCCUACGCCCCGCACACGGAUCGCUGUCAAGGACACAGUGGAGAAGUGACGUUGAAAAGGAAACAAGGGAAAUGAGAAGAAAUGCAGAGAGAGACGGCGGAGAAUAGGAAAAAGAUAAGGAGCUGACAACGAGGGAAGAGAGGAGCUUUUUUGCGACGAUAGGGGACUAAAGGGGAUCUGGCGGAAUCGGAUAAGAAAGGGGAUCUCAACAGGGACGGAGCGUCAGAAGAGGCGGCCUGGGAACAGUUUAGGGACACCACUCAACUCUGACUCCGGAGAUGGAAAAUCGGCAAGUCACGAGAAAAUGGAGUGAGGUACAACAGCUGCUGGGUGGAGAUGCGUGCAGACAGUAGAGUACAGUUCCCGACAAAAUGUAGUAUACUGUACCAUAGCAGUUUUUCAACAGCGGCGGUCGGUGGAGAAGCGAGGGGGAGGAGAAGAACGGAAGAACUGAGGAAGCUGAGGAGAAGAAAACGGCGGGGAAGGAACAAGACAGAAGGAACGACAGCAGCUGUUACUCAGGUGGCCGUUGCUCUGUUGGGGGCAGAGGAAGGUGGCGAAUCGUCUUCCGAAUAAAGGAGGGAAGGGACAACAACGUCUGUCUGCAUGUUCAAGCUGUUUCUGUAUCCGAAAGGGAUGGUGGGCGAGCUUCCGUUGUUGCUCGUUGUUCUUGUAAAUACAUCUUGAUGUCAUUCCCUUUCGGUUUUGUUUGGAGAAUCGUGUGUUCUCGGUCUUUUCCCGGCUUCUUAGGCGCGUAUUUCGAUGUCUUCUUAGCUCGACUCGUGGUUCCCUUUCCCUGACCACGAACACUAAAGCGAGGUAAUUUGGCCACACACAUCUUCAGAGUGGCUUCAUAAUUUCGGUUCAAUUGAGAGGACUGACACAGCAUUGCACUCGUAUUUCAAUUUGCCACCCGACUGUUCGGGCGAACUACGGUUCAGUCACAAGACGCUAUACGUGCGGGUGGCAAACGCUAGUCUACUCCAGUGAGACGACGAUUCAGAAUCUUGCUCCUGCCGGCUUCUCCGUACGUUCUCGUCGACGUAGAAGCAUACUCCUUGGCACCGGCGAAGCAGAAUGUACUAUUUCAUGCGUAGGAGCCUGAUCGCCAGACAUCAAACACUUCCGGGAUGAAUAGUUGUGGUAGUGCGCCCACACUCUUGCUCCAGGGAUAAACUUGAACGGUGUUGAUGUGGUGUUGUGGGAACACAGCGUCAAAUAUUACUAUAGUUGUCAAGAUAGAGGAGCCGUCACGGUUUGGUUGAACGAAGAGUACCGUUAUCCUGUGUGCGCUGCUGGCACUCUUCAAAGUCUGCCCACGUCCAACAUGCUUGAUGUGCACUGGAGCCGACAAGCGCAUUCAGCAUGGGACGAAGCAAACGGGGACUGAUCAAGACAUCGAGAGACGGCGAGUCUUCAGUGCACCCUGCGACAGACCUCGCAACUCGAAUACUAUCGAGUGCUGUGACGUUUUGGCUCUUCUACUUGCCUCAAAUUUCAGCAACGACUUUUUGCCUCUCACGCUGUGACGACUCAAGGCCAGGCGCAGAAUCGUGUUUCUAUUCGGUGCCUCGUGUGCUAACCUGGGAACAGACCUAUGGAUGACUUGCCUUACCCUUUGUUGCAUUUGUGGGCUAACGGGUCGACGUCAUCAUCGUUGAAGAUGACUCAUUUGUAUCCUUUCCGCCACUGCCGAAAAAUGUCAUCGUAGAACUCCGGACUUCGGCAAAGAAGAGUGGCCAAUAACUCCGGAGUUUGGUGUUGGGACGUGGACAAAGACACCGGAGUUCGGAAGUGAGGAGUGGGCGAGGACUCUAGCGUUUCGCGACUAGCAGAGCCAACCACGCGCCACAGGCCAGCUCGACGAGGCGGAACAAACGUGUUCGACGCGCACGUGCUCCGCCAAAGGAGCCGCCAUCUUGCAGUUCACGCGAGGACCUCUCCGAAUCGCCUUGUUCGGCACAGCGCGUCUGGUCCCUCUGGCGAGCGAGCACGGCCAGCACAACCAGCAGAAGCGUUGUGAAGAAACCCCAAGCCGUCGUGGACUCGAUCCCUCGCUCAAGCGCCGGUGCGAGCUCACUGGUGUUGCACUCUGGAGUUUCGUGCGCAAGGCGGCCCCGGUGGAGAGGACACGAGGCCAAAGAAAUGUGGCAAGUGCCACCGCUUUUUGAAGGGGAAAGGCGCGAAGACACCUUUCUGUGAGUGCGCGUUCGCGCAAUAGUGGGUACGGGCCCGUUGAGCGGUGGCGGGCGUCGCUCGUUUUCUUUCGGCUUUCUUGGAGGAUACACCCUCGAUUUGACCCUGUGGCGAAGUGUCGUGUCGUUGUUCGUGCGGCUUCUUUUGUUCUGUGGCUGUGUCUUUUGGCUGACUGUUUUCACUUUACA